UCUUUAUUUUUGAAUUAUAAUUCGUAUGAUGGUUAAGGCGGCUAACGACGACGGCGGUAGAAUGUUCCACUUGGUGGCGGUGCCGUAUCCGGGGAGAGGUCACAUUAAUCCGAUGAUAAAUCUCUGCAAGUUAAUCUUAGCAUCUCCUCCAAUGAUCGCCAACCGCUCCAUAGCCAUCACUUUCAUCGUGACCGAGGAAUGGCGUGACCUACUGAGCUCGGACGAGAACUGGCCGGAAUCCAUUCGACUGGAGACCAUCACCAACGUUUUACCAUCUGAGAAGGUACGAACAAACGACAUACCCAGUUUCAUCGAUGCUGUUUUCAAUAAGAUGGGAGAGCCGGUCGACAACGUCUUGGACCGCCUGGAGCUGCCGGCGACGGCGAUUAUGGCCGAUACUUUCUUGCACUGGGCGGUAGAUAUAGGAAAUCGAAGGAAUAUUCCGGUGGUGUCGCUGUGGACUAUGUCGGCUUCCGUCUUUGCAAUAUUAUAUCAUUUUGAUCUUUUUGUUCAAAAUGGUCAUUAUCCUCCGAUUCAUAUAUCCUCCGAGACGACCGGAGGAGGAGGAGGAGGAGACGAACAACUGGCGACUUACAUUCCCGGCUUAGCUCCGAUCCGACUUGCCGAUCUUCCGACCAUCUUCCAUAACAAAGACAGAAAUCAUGUCGACAAAGCCAUUUUAGGAUUCUCCAAAGUAAACAGAGUGCAAUUCCUCGUAUUCACCUCUUUCUUCGACCUCGAACCCGACGUCCGGUCUUCCCUCAAAUCCCAAUUCCCAUUUCCCGUCCUAUCCGUCGGCCCCCUCAUCCCCUACCGCGAUCUCCAUCACAACAAUAACAGCCAGAUCAUCUCUCCCACUCCCAGUCCAGAGCUCCAAUGGCUCGACUCCCAUCCCCACUCCUCCGUCCUCUACAUCUCUCUCGGAAGCUUCCUCUCUGUAUCCCCUGAGCAGAUGGACGAGAUCGCCGCCGGAAUGAAGGAAUCCGGCGUCAGUUUCAUCUGGGUGGCACGCGGGGAGUCAUCCCGGAUAAGGUCGUAUUUGGGCGAUGAUUACAGAGGAGGGUUAGUAGUGGAAUGGUGCGAGCAGUUGAGGGUUCUGUGUCACAGUUCGAUCGGAGGGUUUUGGAGCCACUGCGGGUGGAAUUCUACUAUGGAGAGUAUUUUCGCGGGGGUUCCGAUGAUUACAUUUCCGUUACUUAUUGAUCAGGUGCCGAACAGUAAGUUGAUAGUGGAUGAUUUGAAGAUUGGGGUGAGGAUGAAGGGUUACAAAGAAGAAAUGGUGAAGAGGGAGAGGAUAACGGAGAUAGUGAAGUGUUUCAUGGAUGAAAACAGUGGAGAGAGGAGAGGGAUGGUGAUUAGGGCAAAAGAGUUGAAGGAGAUGAAUCACAGAGCAAUUGAUGAAGGAGGCUCCUCUCGGUUGGACCUUGAAUCUUUCAUCAAAGCCAUUUCUAUUUAGUUUUUUUCUUAAUUAAUAAUGGAAUUUGCACUAAUAUUAUUAAU